AUUUCAAUAUAGAUCUGAAAGAAUUUUUAACGUAUUUUAAGUAAUUUUCUUAUUAUAAAAAUAUGGUGAGUCAGCGUAUACUAUUUUGCGCUCUAUUCACCACUGUUGCUGGUUUAUUUGGUGUGUCAUAUCGAAAUGAUAUGACUUUUGGAAAGCGUUUACCUGGCGAUAAACUUACUUUAAAAGAAGAUAUAAAGGUGCCUUCCAAAAUGUUGCGACCUGUUUGGGCAUUCAAAACUUACAACGUUCCUAGUAAAAUUACUUAUAUUCGCAUUUUUGAUAAUAAUGAUAGUGGUAGUCGUGCUCACGUUACUAUAAAAAAUGGUGGAAUCAGUUUUAAAUAUGUUUCAAUUCAUUUUAAAAGUGCAAGAGGUAGAAGUCUUGAUUUUACGGUCGAAAUUUAUACAACAAAACUUAAAAUUAUAGAAACUACUCAAGUACAUAGUAAUGAAGAAUUUAUUAGUAGUACACCGAAUAUUGAAGUACCUAUUGGUGAAAUACCUACUGAUAAAGAAUCUGCCACAGAUGAGUCUACAGGUCAAGCUUCUACUAGUGAAACUGUGACGGGUAAAGCAUUCGUUGGUGAAAGGGACACUGGUGAAGCUCCUGCUGAUAAAACAACUACUAGUGAUACAUCUGCUAGUAAAUUUCCUAUUGGUGAAAUUAAAAUUCCGGCUGAUGAAAUUUCUACUGAUGAAACUCCCUCUGACGAAACUACUACUGGAAAAGAACUCACUAGUGAUACUUCCACUGAUAAAAUUACUAUUGAUAAAGCUCUGACUGGUGAGAUUUCUGCUAAUAAAACUUCAGCUAGGAAAGGAUCUAUUGGUAAUACUCCUAUUAGUGAAAUUGGCAUUGAUAAAGUUCCAGGUGGUGAUAUUCCCGCCGGCAUAACUCCCGUUGCUAAAUCACAAACUAAGGAUAGUAUUACUGAAGAAAUUUCCGCUAAUAAAGUACCUGUUGGCGAUAUUUCCGCCGGUGAAAUUCCCGUUGAUGAUGUACCUAUUUCUGAAACUCCUACUAAUGAAACAUCUGUUAGUAAAGCGCCUAAUAGUGUAGUCCUCGAAGGUGAUACAGCUACUGGUGAAGUUUCUACUAGUGAAACAUCUGCUAGUAAAGCUUCUACUAGUGAUUUCCCUGCUGGUGGAACUCUCGCCAGUAACGCACCCACUAGUGAAACUUCCACUAGUGAAGCAUCUGCUAAUAAUGCAUUAGCUAGUGAAGCUUCUACGAGUGAUGAUUCUGUUGGUAAACCUCUCACAAAUAAUGAACCCGUUAGAACAACUUUUACUGGUGAUUCCUCAGCUAAUAAAGUUGAUGAUGGUUCACCUGUAAGUGAAGCUCGUGCUAGUGAAAUUCCUGCUAAUAAUAAAUUCGUUGAUAAAGCUGCUACUGUUAUUGAGUCUGCCGAUGAAGUUCCUGCUACUGAAGCUACUGUUAAUAAUGCAUUUAUUGGUGAAGCUCCCGCUGGUAAUGUUUUUACUAGUAAAGCUCUUCAUGGUGAUUUAAAUGAUGGUCAAGAACAUAUUAAUGAUGCACCCUCAGAUGAAGCUCCAGUUAAUGAUACACAUAUUAGGAAUACAUCCGCUAACACAGUAUCUACUUAG